CACUUUCUGUAACAGUUAAAAACCUCCAAAUUUAUGUUGAAAACCUGAGCCUUUGGGCCCCGAGAGCCGCGUGAAUCCCGGAUAGCCCUUUGAAUCAGAAACCCAUUAAAAUAAUCUGAAAAAGUUUAGCAAACUUACCAGUCUCCCGUGGGAGAGCGAGUUCAGACUUCUGCCUCUUCUUUCUCCUUAUGUUCUUUCCUUUUUGCUUUAUGUUACUGUAGUCUGUAGUGUACUUGCUACUAUUUUCCAUUUAAAGAACUGAUCUGAAGUAUCUUUCUUGCUAGAUUCUCCCUCUGUAAUUCUGACCAAGAAUUUAUUUUUCUUCUGGGUUUCUUCAGAACCUCAUGCCCUUUUUCUCCUCCUUUUAAACUUACUCUAAUUCUUUCAACACCACACUUUUCACUUCACAUCUCUCUUUGUUUUUGUCUUCGCCUUCUUGUCUUGUCUUUAAUCUUCUGCAUUACAAUGGAUGAAUAUCACUGCAAAAGAAGUGGACAAAUUCCAGCUUUUGGUAACUGGGAUUAUUCAAACAACCUGCCGAUUACUCAGUAUUUUGAGUCUGCAAGGCAAGCUGGGUUGCUUCGCUACAGUUCUUCUUCCGGUGAAUCUGAUCUUUACGUACGCCGUAGCUGCGGAGGCCGUGAUUUACCCGCCGGCGAUUCUAAGAAACCUUCUCGAAGUGUCAAUGGUUCUCUUCCCAGAAAGACAAGAGUGGGAGAAAAGCGAGGCCCGCAAGUCAAGGAGCAGAAAAAGCAGCAACAAGUGAAGAAGGUGUGUGACAAUCACGUGACUCAACCCCCGAGAAAGCAACCACCACCACUACCACGCUCUAAAUACGGCGUCGUCACGCCCACCCAACCACCUGUUCGUCCUCCCAAAGCCGUCGAUGAAGAUCUCUACAAAAUCCCCCUGAGCUCCUCCACUCCCACAACAACAGGAAGAAAAUGACAGGAUUCUUUUCAUGCCUGGUGCCUGCUUGUGCCUCUUGAGUUUGGACCUUCACAACCAGCUUGUCUUAUGGUUGAGGUGGAAUGUUUAAUUCAGUAAUGUAAUGGUCUCUGUGCACAUUAUUUUCCAGUAAAGUUAAUGUGUGAUAUUAGCUAAAAUCAAGCUGUGACACACUGAGAAAGAAGAAGAAUAGAUGUUAAAUUUCAGUAGCAGGUAAAUUGUGAAAUAAUAAAGUUAGUGAUUCUUAGCCUUA